UUAAACUUGGAUAUCUCCGACAGGGGUGUUGAACCAAGAUGGUCGCUGCAAAGUAUUCGACAAAGAUGCAAAUGGUUACACGCGUAGUGAAUGUGUCUCUGUAGCAUUUUUGCAAAGGGCAAAAACUGCUAAGAGAAUCUAUGCUACCAUUAUUCAUGUAAAAACGAAUUGUGAUGGUUACAAGAAAGAAGGAAUAACGUUUCCAUCUACGAAAAUGCAAAGUACUCUUCUCAAAAAAUUCUACGAGGAAUGCGGUGUAUCAACGACUUGUAUUCCUUACAUCGAAGCUCAUGGAACCGGAACGAGAGUUGGAGAUCCUGAAGAAUUGAAUUCCAUUGAUCAGAUAUUUACUAAAGAUAGAACUAAUCCUCUUAAAGUUGGUUCGGUAAAAUCGAGCAUGGGACAUCCUGAAGGAGUUAGUGGAAUUUGUUCCAUUGUUAAGGCAAUAUUAUCGAUGGAAUCUGGCAUAAUACCGCCAAAUAUUAACUUCAGUGAACCACGAAAAGAUUCGAGAUGUCUUAUAGAAGGACGAAUUGAUGUGGUUACAAAACAUACUCCCUUAGAUGGUGAAUACAUAGGCAUUAAUUCUUUCGGCUUCGGUGGUGCUAAUGCUCACGUUUUACUCAAGUCAAAUCCUAAAAUAAAGAUCGACAAAGGAUUACCAGAUGAUGAUUUGCCUAGACUAGUAGCUGUAUCAGGACGUACAACAGAAGCAGUAGAAACAAUAUUAAAUGAGAUCGACAAACGACCGAGAGACAUUGAAUUCAUUCGCCUUCUUCACGAUAUUCAUUAUAAAGCAAUACCAGGUCACUUAUAUCGAGGAUACAUCAUAACUGAUACUCAACAAUCUGACACGAAAGUAAAGGAGAUUCAAAAUUUUUCUGGUACGCAGAAACCAAUAUGUUUCGUCUUUCCUGGGAUGGACUCGCAAUGGUCUGGAAUGUAUAAAGCUUUGAUGAAAUUUCCAACAUUUGCCAAAGCAAUAGAGAAAUGCGAUGCUGUAUUAAAACCACGUAAACUCCAUAUUUAUGAGAUUUUAACUAAAACAGAUAUUAGCAUAUUAGGCAAUAUAUUGUACUCAUUCGUCGGUAUUGCAGCGGUUCAGAUUGGCUUGGUAGAUCUUCUAACUUCAGUAGGAAUACUACCGGACUGCAUAAUUGGAUAUUCUGUGGGUGAACUUGGUUGCGCAUAUGCAGACGGAAUGUUGACAUUGGAGGAGACGAUGUUGGCAGCCUACUCGCAAGGAAUAUCCGUCAUAGAAUACGUGCGCGGCAACAGAUUGGAUUACGACAAAUGGGCAAGAAUGGGUAACACCGGCUGGAGUUACGAGGAAGUUCUUCCUUACUUUCUCAAGUCUGAGGAUAACAGGAACCCUUAUUUGCAGAAAUCACCUUACCAUAAAACAGGAGGCUACUUAACAGUACAGGAACCACCGUGGAGAUCACCAUUAUCGAUCGCUUUUUUACAAGCUGGACAAGAACUCGGUUAUGAAAAUCGUGAUAUCAAUGGUGAAAGUCAGACUGGUUUCAUGAUUAUGCAGGGUACGAUCCGCAGAGGAAGUCGUUGCUCGACAGCUAAAGCUUUUUUGUGGCCAGUGAAGAACAGACCGAAUUUGCACAUAGCUAUGAAAGCUCAAGUACUGAAAGUGCUCUUCAAUGCCGACAAACGAGCCACGGGAAUAGAAUUUCUACGCGAUGGUUUAAAACAAACAGUUAGAGUAAGAAGAGAGAUCAUUCUGUCGGCUGGAGCGAUCAAUUCGCCGCAACUGCUAAUGCUCUCAGGCAUAGGACCGAAAGAACAUCUCGAGGAACUCGGUAUACCGGUAUUAUCAGAUCUUCGAGUAGGUGACAAUCUUCAAGACCAUGUUGGUCUCGGUGGAUUGAGCUUUACGGUGGACGAACCAAUUACUUUAAAAAGGGACCGUCUACAGACACUACCAAUAAUACUAAAUUAUGCAAUAAACAACAAAGGGCCCUUGACUACUCCAGGAAUCGAAGCCUUGGCCUUCAUCAAUUCUAAAUACGCUGAUCCUUCUGGCGUUUAUCCGGACAUUCAGUUUCACUUUCUUCCAAUAGCGACAACUCACGGCUAG